AUGGAGGGGAAGAGGAGACAGCAGAGGGCAGCCAGUGUCAGGCCACCACCAAGCCAGCCUUACCUGUUGUCGUUGCUGGUUUGCUGGACGGAUGCAGCCAAGGCUAGGUCUGGAGAUUCGUUGCAGCCUGUUGGGCCGGCCUGGCCGCCACAACCCACACUUGGCAGCUUGGGCGAUGAGAAGGGAGAUGAGUAUAGAAGGGCAGAGGGCGAGGGCGAGGAGAAUGCGACAGAAGUGUCUAGGCACGGAACAAGGGUCCCAGGGACCGGGAGGGAGCUGAAUGAGGGGUUCUGCAAGUCAAGGCGAGACUGCGGCGAGAGGGCGGAAUAA